UCUGCCUGCGCCAGGCCACGCCAAUGCCACUUCGCCGCAGUCAGGUCCCAUCACGAGCAUGCCCAUUCGAACACGACCGAAUGAUCGCAACGAGACAGCUCGCCGCUACUUCGAACACUCCUCCGCAAAUCGCAUCAACACGGACGCCGUAAUUGUUGAAUCUCUCCAUAAGGAGUAUCCAGAACUACACCUCACGGUCGUUCCUCAGGGAAGCUGCAACAUCCUUGGAUAUGCAAGUGCUGGAAAUGCCGGAGUUGCACCCAUCGACAACGCGAAGGAGAGGCUCUCAUGGCGAAGCUAUAUCCCGCCAGCCUCUAGGCUGAAUGGUAGUGGUGGUCUUGGAGACCGUGUCAUGUUCGGGAAGUAUCUCAUCGACUGGAAGAGUAGGGAAUUCGUCCUGUAUCUUUCAGACGGAAGAGAUGGAAGCAGUGCAUACCCUCAGGUCGUGAACCAAUACGUCUUGUCAUCGUCCGUGGACGCCACGAACAGACUUUUGAUGGAAGCCGGCCAGUGGAGCGCUCAGCUACACGAUGAAGUCUGGGUGUUUGAUGGUGGCAAUUGGCAGAAGAGCUCGGAGCUGUGGAAGAGUGUGCACAAGGCUAGUUGGGACGAUGUUAUCCUCGAUCCGGCCAUGAAAGAAAGCAUUCGCAACGACGUGGACAGCUUCUUCGACAGCCGAGAUACGUAUGAACGGCUGAAAGUGCCUUGGAAGAGAGGAAUCAUAUACUACGGUCCUCCGGGAAACGGCAAGACCAUCAGUGUCAAAGCGAUCAUGCACAGCUUGUAUGACCGCAAAGACCCGAUUCCUACGCUUUACGUUCGAAAUCUGGUCUCGUAUGGUGGUCCCGAGUACGCGAUUCAGUUGAUCUUCUCGCUCGCGAGACGAACUGCUCCAUGUCUGCUGGUGUUCGAGGAUCUGGAUAGCAUCAUUACUGAUAAUGUCCGAUCAUACUUCCUGAACGAGGUCGAUGGGAUCAGAAGUAACGAUGGUAUCCUCAUGAUCGGCUCCACGAACCACCUCGACCGCCUGGACCCAGGCCUUGCGAAACGACCGUCUCGAUUCGAUCGCAAAUACUUAUUCCCGAACCCCAACGAAAAGGAACGUGAAGCCUACAUGAAGUACUGGCAGGCCAAACUCAAGGAGAACAAGGAUCUCGACUUUCCCGACAAACUUUGCCCUGCCGUCGCCAAGAUCACCAGAGACUUCUCCUUUGCAUAUUUGCAGGAAGCGAUGGUAGCCAGUCUGCUUGCUAUCGCGAGAGGCGGCAAGGAUGUUGUCUGCCUGGAGUGUCUUGGGACUCAUGAUCGGCCGACCAAUGGUUCUCACUGUGAUCGCGAGGCAACAAGACCAUUCAAGGGCUUGUACGACUAUGUCUGGUCCGUGAGACAAUUGGACGAGCAGGACCCCGAUCUUG